ACCAUUUCUUUGCCUGGUUUCCUUGGUUUCAAGAAUUAUUGUCCCUAUGCUGGUCCUAGCCAUAGAUUUCGAGUUGCAUUAUUCUUUCUGUUCUUUCUUGAAUUUCAUGGUUUCACUUGAGAUUCUGUGACUUGGGUUUUGGCCAUUUGUCCCAUUUUUUUUUAAUAUUUUGGUUUUAAGUUUUGGUCUUUCUAUGAUUGGUCUCUCUACCUCUGAAAUCCUUGAUAGUUCACUCUGAUCAGAUCCACUGUUUUUCUUUUUAACUUCAAUGCUCUAAACUUGUUCCUUUUGUGACCAAAAUGAAAAAGAAGGAAACUUUGUGAAAGGUGACAACUUUAGGAUAAAUUUGUUUUGGAAGUUCCAUUAGGAGAAGAUGUUGUGUGCUUGUUCAGGGGAACAAUUUAAGUUUGAAGAGCCUGCUCCGCAGUCUCCGGAGUCGUUGGCCACAAGAGAUUUCUCAGCCAGUGGCCUUUCAUCAAGGAAUGGAACAGGGGGCUGGGAAUCAAAAUUAGAAGAUGCUCAAGUUGAUGAAGUUGAGUCUACCUUGAAGGAGGCACUUUCCUUAAAUUAUGAGGAAGCUAGAGCUUUGUUGGGGAGGCUUGAGUACCAAAGAGGGAAUUUUGAUGCUGCCCUCCAAGUAUUUCAGGGAAUUGAUAUCAAAACCUUGUCACCGAGGAUGUCUAAGGCCAUUGCUGAAAGAACUCGGCCCCGAAAGCCACGCCAGAAAGGCGAAAGUUCACUCGUCGGAGUAAUGUCACUGCACUCAGUGAGCCUACUUCUUGAAGCAGUUUUACUUAAAGCAAAAUCCUUAUUGGAACUUGGGAGAAUUAAAGACGCUGCAAGAGAGUGCAAAGUUAUUCUUGACGUGGUUGAAUCAGCACUACCAAAUGGAAUGCCAGAGGGAAUUGGUGAAGAUUGCAAGUUGCAGGAGAUGUUUCACAAGGCACUGGAGUUGCUCCCAAAAUUGUGGAUGCAGGUAGGAUGUCUGGAUGAGGCUAUUACUGGAUACCGAAGGGCUCUUUCCAAGCAGUGGAAUUUGGACCCCCAAAGAUUGGCAAUUGUGCAAAAAGAUUUAGCUGCCACACUUCUCUAUGGAGGUUUUGAAGCAAGCCUUUCACCUUGUCCACAAUUACAGGGUCAGACAGCACCAAAAAAUAAUACGGAGGAAGCUCUCCUUCUGUUGUUUAUACUGAUGAGAAAGGUUUUACACGGUGAAAUAAGCUGGGAUCCAGAGUUUAUGGAUCAUUUAACUUUUGCACUAACAAUUUGUGGGGAAUAUGAGUGUUUGGCUGACCACGUGGAGCAAGUUCUUCCUGGUACCUAUAACCGAGCUGAGAGGUGGUAUUUUCUUGCUCUCUGUUACAGUGCUGCAGGUCAGAAUCAGACUGCAAUUGAACUUCUAAAGAAGGUUUCUGGAUGUUCAGAGGCUAAACACAAACCUCACUUGUCUUCGCUUAUGCUGGGAGCAAAAUUGUGUAGUAAAGAUCCAAAAGAAGCUCGUGAAGGAAUAACUUUCGCCUGUAAAGUGAUUGAUGCAGCUAUCAAUCAAAAUGAGCAUUUAUUGGGACAGGCACGUAAAUUUCUUGGUAUCUGCUAUGGUAACGCAGCAAGAAUUUGCAGUUCAGACACUGAAAGACUAUUUUUCCAAAGAGAAUCACUGAACUCUCUGAAUCAUGCAGCUCACAUUGACAAGGAGGACCCUGAGGUCAUGUUAAAUCUUGGUUUGGAGAAUGCCUUCCAAAGAAAUUUGGUUUCAGCUUUUGAUAAUGCAAUUUCGUAUUCAAACAUGUUGAGCGGGAGCUGCGCAAAAGGUUGGAAAUUAUUGGCUCUAAUUGUAUCUGCCCAGCAGAGACUUCAAGAUGCUGAGUCCAUAGUUGACCUUGCUCUAGAUGAGACUGAAAGGAUUGAACAGCUAGAACUUCUACGGUUGAAAGCCAUUCUUCAAAUAGCUCAAGAACAGCCCAAGCAAGCCAUAGAGACCUACAGGAUUUUGCUAGCUUUGGUUCAAUCACAAACCGAACUUCAAGCUCCAAACAGCAGCGAAGAGGUAGUAUCAAUUAGAAAAUUGGAAGGAGAAGCUUGGCUAGAUUUGGCUAGAAUCUACUCAGACCUCGAGACAUGGCCUGAUGCAGACAUAUGCAUCGACAAAACAAAAGCAACUAAAAUUUUCAACUCUCGGGUUUGGCAUACAAAAGGUACAUCAUUUGAAGCUCAAGAACAAUACAAGGAAGCUCUUGUUGCAUUCUCAGUUUCACUCUCCAUAGAGCCAGAUUAUGUACCAAGCAUUGUCUCAAGUGCUGGAGUGCUGAUAAAAUUGGGUAGACAGAAUCUUCCCAUUGCAAGAAGCUUGUUGAUGACUGCUCUCCGACUAGAGCCGACAAACCACUAUGCGUGGUUCCUUCUUGGAGUGCUAUCCAAGUCUGAAGGCUUGAAACAAGCAGCCGCAGAUUACUUCCAAGCCGCACAUGAACUAAAGCUUUCUGCUCCUGUUCAAGACUUUGCUUAACGACGCAUUGAGCACCAAGGUUCCAGGGAUAAAGGAACUUCUAUUGGGACCUUAAUUGUUGGUUUUGGCUUUUAUAUACUGACAGUGUAGACAAUUAGUUACAUUAGCUGGUGUAAAUUCUGUCUUUUAACCACCGAUACCAUUUUUGGAUGUUAUUACUAAAUUCUACACUGUCAGUAUAUAAACAAUUUAUACAGUAUUUGCUCUAGAGCGAACAUGAAAGAUCAGCUCACAUUACCAGAA